AUGACGUCUGUCUCGUUGGCCGCCGCUGCCGUCGGACUAUGCUUGCUGGCCAUCACUGUUUCCGGUCAACUGCUACCGGAAAACGGUAUAUCGAAAACCACGGAAAUCAUGACCGACGUCCUGCUUAAGGCCACGUCUGAUGAUAAUUUCAAUUACGUGGUGUCCCCAUUCGCGAGUUCCGUGAUUUUGGCGCUAGCAGCUGAGGGAGCCGACUCGGAAACCAAAAGCCAACUUGUGGCGACCAUGGGCGGUGAGCUGCCGGACAAGAAUUCCUACAAAGAAGUGCUCUCGACCAUCAAGGGCUAUUCUUUGGACGGGUUUGCGCAGAACAAAGUAGUGCUGAAGAACUUCUUGUACGUGUACAAGAACUACAGCGUUCACGAAUCGUACGCCCAACUAGCCCGUGACUAUUACCUGACAGAUGUGAGGAGCGUCGCGAGACCAGACUUGGAAAUGAAACGAGCCGCAACCAACAACAUCGCCGCCGACGACGACGAAUCCACCGCCGAUUUCAAAGAGCACGCCCUGUUGAUCUUCAACGGUUUGUCAUUGGAAAUGACUUGGCCAAAAAGCACGUGGCACAAGACGUCAAUGUCGUGGAACGGCAACGUGGUAAAAGCGUUCGGUGCAGCAGGCAAUUUCGCCAUUGCACAAAUACCUUCCCUCGAAUGUACAGCGUUGAAAUUGCCCUACAAGAACACUGACUACGCCCUGUUGGUGCUUUUGCCAAAAAAUAAAGACGUCUCGCUGAACGAAGUACUGAAAAAACUUAAGCCAGAAAACGGUAUCGAAAAACUAACCAAAGCGAUGACUAUAAAGCCCAGUUUCGUGACUAUGCCGUGUUUCCAAAGCAGUAACAUUACCCACCUGAAAACAGUUUUGCAACAGGGAACCCAAACGAAUUCCGUGUUCACCGAAUCAGCAGACCUGUCGAAACUGUCGUCGGACAAUCUGUAUCUGGACGACGUGGUCCAGCAAGCCAACCUCCGCGUGUGCGUCGACGGCACCUCUUCCUCCGCGCUGACCAGUUCCGCGUUCACGUCGCAGAGGGUCAUCAAGGAGUCGGUGGUCAUGGACCGACCUUUCGCGUACGCUCUGUACAACGUGGCCAACGGGAUCGUGUACGCGGCCGGCAAGCUGGAGCAACCGGUCUGGGAGGAUACCGACGACGACGGCAAUGGUUCCGACAUCGAGACGAUCGACAUUUAG